UAACAGACAUUGCCUCUCAUCUCAUCUCUCUUUUUCUGAAACCAAGAUCCCAACCCCUCAACCUCCAAAAACAACACACUACUUGCUAUGCUCCAUCCUCCCAACAUGGCCAACACCAAUUGCUUUGUGCUCUUCCAUAUAAAACCUAUAAUAGGAGCAGUAGUACCAGCCAGAUAUACUGAUCUUGAACUGGAAAAAUGACCGAGUCUGGUGUUCCCCUAUGCAACAUUUGUGGGGAACAAGUGGGGCUUAAUGAUAAUGGGGAAGUGUUUGUGGCUUGUCAUCACUGCGCUGUCCCAAUUUGCAAGGAUUGUUUUCAGCAUGAAAUCAAUGAGGGUCAUACGGCUUGCUUGAGCUGUGGUGUUCCUUAUCAAGCAAGAACAAACCGCAACGAUGAUGACAUUCUCGAUGAAGAUGAUGAUGUUAUAAUGGUUUCUGAAGAUCACUCCGCAAUGGAUUCUCAGCCCAGUAGUUCUCAGGAUGUUGGACUCCAUGCUAGACAUCUCAGUUCAGUCUCUGCCGUGGAUAAUGAAGUAAAUGAUGAAUCUGGCAAGUCAAGCUGGAAAAGCAGAUUGAAAAGCUGGAAGGGAAAGGAUAAAAAUAGCAAGAAGAAAAAGGCUGCACCUAAGGAUGAAAAUCAGGCCCCAGUUCCACCACAACAGCAUAUGGAAGAUAAACGGCCAACAGAGGGAGAUGCUGCUGCUGUGGCUGCGCCACUUUCAGUAGUGAUUCCAAUAUCAAAAUCCAAACUGGCACCAUACAGAAUUGUGAUAAUCAUGCGACUCAUAAUCUUGGGUCUUUUCUUUCAUUAUAGGGUUACAAAUCCUGUUGAAAGUGCUUUUCCUCUGUGGCUGACAUCUAUCAUCUGUGAGAUCUGGUUUGCAUUUUCCUGGGUGUUAGAUCAGUUCCCAAAAUGGUGUCCGGUCAAUAGGCAAACUUUUAUUGACAACCUGUCUGCAAGGUUUGAAAGAGAGGGUGAACCCUGCCAGCUUGCUGCUGUUGAUUUCUUUGUCAGUACAGUGGAUCCUCUGAAGGAACCACCAUUGAUCACAGCUAAUACAGUGCUUUCUAUCCUUGCCAUCGACUACCCUGUAGAUAAAGUGUCCUGUUAUGUAUCAGAUGAUGGCGCGUCCAUGCUCACGUUUGAGUCGCUGGUGGAGACAGCUGACUUUGCAAGAAAGUGGGUGCCAUUUUGCAAGAAGUUUUCCAUUGAACCACGUGCACCUGAAUUUUACUUCUCUCAGAAGAUUGACUACCUCAAAGACAAAGUGCAGCCUUCUUUUGUGAAGGAACGUAGAGCAAUUAAGAGAGAGUAUGAAGAGUAUAAAGUACGGGUCAAUGCUAUGGUAGCAAAGGCUCAGAAAAUGCCCGAAGAAGGGUGGACUAUGCAAGAUGGAACGCCUUGGCCGGGAAAUAACUCUCGUGAUCAUCCUGGCAUGAUUCAGGUUUUCCUUGGACGCAGCGGUGCUCAUGACACUGAAGGAAAUGAACUUCCUAGGCUAGUUUAUGUUUCCAGAGAGAAAAGACCUGGUUAUCAACACCACAAGAAAGCUGGUGCUGAAAAUGCACUGGUGAGAGUAUCUGCAGUUCUCACAAAUGCUCCUUUCAUUCUCAAUCUUGACUGUGAUCACUAUGUUAACAACAGCAAAGCAGUUCGGGAAGCAAUGUGUUUUCUCAUGGACCCAGAAGUUGGUAGAGACGUGUGUUAUGUGCAGUUCCCCCAAAGAUUUGAUGGUAUUGAUCGUAGUGAUCGAUAUGCCAAUCGCAAUACAGUUUUCUUUGAUGUUAAUAUGAAAGGACUUGACGGCAUUCAAGGACCAGUGUAUGUGGGGACUGGAUGUGUUUUCAACCGGCAAGCGCUUUAUGGCUAUAGCCCACCAUCCAUGCCGAACUUACCAUCUUCAUCAUGCUGUUGCUGCCCCUCAAAGUCCAACAAAGAUGUCUCUGAUAUUUGCAGAGAUGCAAAGAGGGCAGAAAUUAGCGCUGCCCUUUGUAAUCUCAAGGAGAUGGACAAUUAUAAUGAGGAUGAGAGGUCAGUGCUGCUUUCACAAACAGGUCUUGAGAAAACUUUUGGUUUGUCUACUGUUUUCAUUGGAUCAACACUAAUGGAGAAUGGCGGGGUUCCUGAAUCUGCGGAUCCUGCCAUGCUGAUCAAGGAGGCAAUUCAUGUUAUUAGCUGUGGAUAUGAAGAGAAGACUGACUGGGGAAAAGAGCUUGGAUGGAUCUAUGGCUCAGUGACAGAGGAUAUCUUAACAGGGUUCAAGAUGCAAUGCAGAGGAUGGAGGUCAAUAUACUGCAUGCCCUUGAGGCCUGCAUUCAAAGGGUCAGCACCUAUCAACUUGUCUGAUAGGUUGCACCAAGUCCUUCGUUGGGCACUUGGAUCAAUUGAAAUUUUCCUAAGCAGGCACUGUCCCCUCUGGUAUGGAUGCGCCGGUGGCCGUCUCAAAUGGCUGCAGAGAAUGGCAUAUAUCAACACCAUUGUCUAUCCAUUCACAUCCCUUCCUCUCAUUGCUUAUUGUACUUUGCCAGCAAUUUGUCUUCUCACUGGAAAAUUCAUCAUACCAACGCUUUCGAAUGUUGCGAGUGUUCUGUUUCUUGGCCUUUUCCUGUCCAUUAUAGUGACAAGUGUGCUGGAGCUGCGUUGGAGUGGUGUUACCAUCGAAGAUUUGUGGCGAAACGAGCAAUUCUGGGUGAUAGGAGGUGUUUCAGCACAUCUGUUUGCAGUGUUCCAAGGACUACUUAAGAUGCUGGCUGGUGUUGAUACCAACUUCACAGUGACAGCAAAGGCUGCUGAGGACACAGAGUUUGGAGAACUCUACAUAGUGAAGUGGACUACACUCUUGAUUCCUCCAACAACACUUAUCAUAAUCAACAUGGUUGGUGUUGUUGCUGGAUUCUCUGAUGCACUCAAUGGAGGCUAUGAGUCUUGGGGACCACUCUUUGGGAAGGUGUUCUUUGCCUUCUGGGUGAUUUUCCAUUUGUAUCCAUUCCUAAAGGGUCUCAUGGGUCGCCAAAACCGCACUCCAACCAUUGUUGUGCUCUGGUCAGUCUUGCUGGCCUCUGUCUUCUCUCUAAUUUGGGUUAAGAUCAAUCCAUUUGUCAACAAAAUUGACGAUGCUACCUUAGCUGAUACCUGUGUUGCUAUUGAUUGUUAACAAGCCACUACAAGUUUUGUGUGUAAGCAAGAAUUGUUAUCAUUAUACUAUGCUUUUUGGGUGGUUUGGGCCCUCAAAAUUAUAUAAGCAACAUGUAGUCUAUGUUUACUAAUAGCUAAAAGGUUUGAAACACAGAUUCAAAAGUGUAAUGUUAGUUGCACAAUAAUCUCAACUUAGACUUGGUUUAA